AAGUGCUUAGUGAAAGCAGGCUGAUUAUUCUCCCCUGUUAGGGUAAAUGGACUGUUAAGGAAUUAAGACAUUCUUGAGAAAGGUACAGGCUUGGUGUUGGCAUACUUAUGUAUAGAACCUCUGGUGUAGGAACACGUCUUAGCUGCUCAGUUGCUGAAUUAGCUUCUAGAAUAUCAAGGAAGAGCUUGCUGGCUCCUCAGAUGGAUUUAUUCUAAAAUAUGACUGAUCCAUUGCAAAGCACUACAGACUUGCACUGUGCUACUCACUUUUGACUUGUCAUAAUUAAAGUUUUGUUUCUGGCUGGGAAAGGUGUGCCGCUGCCCUCACACUGAAAUUUGAAAAUCCUCCCUACAAACAUAUGCCAGUAGGACCUGCUGGUUUUGAAUGGUCUUGGGAGGGAAGAUGACAGAAGGAAGGGCUGUGAACACGAUGGAAGCCAAUUAAUAAGCAUGUGGAAAAGUAUUGGUGUUUGCUUACUAAUGAGGUGUGCGGGGAACCUCCCCAGGCUGCUCCUCUGCCUGCAGGAACUGGCAAGGAGGAGGCUCUAGUAGCACGUGGAGAUCAGAUGGAGCUGCCAAGAGCUGACUGCAGGGAGAGCAGCGGGAGCAUGGCCUGCGCUAUGCUAAGGAGGUGUCUGAAGCAAGUUCAAGUGGCUAAGAGCUGCAGAGGAGCGAGAGGAGGCAGUGGUGGUGCGAUGAAAAGGAGCUGUCUGGUAAACAUGAGUGGCUGCCAAGUCAGAUGACUGGGGCAGGAGCAUGAAAGCAGUCUUGAGGAUAGCAAGACACCAGGCUGGCUAAGGAAAGAGAUGAGUCAGGCAGGGGAGAACAAGAGCAACUGGUUGAGGAAAAGCAGGAUGCAGUUGUGAAACAGGGAGCUGGUAGAAAUACUGUUGGGUGACAGGUUCUUAUUUGCUCUGGGACGUGGUAAUCUUUAGCUUGGAUCAUGAGGAGGGGACAAAGACAACAAGAACAGCUUUCCUGCCAGAGGAGUUGCUGGAGACUGUUCCGGAGUACAUCUGAUUGCUGCUGCCACAAGGCCCCAGCCAGCCAGCCACAAUGUACUGCCUUCAGUGGUUGCUACCUGUCCUGCUCAUACCCAAGCCCCUCAACCCAGCGUUGUGGUUCAGUCACUCAAUGUUCAUGGGCUUCUACCUGCUCAGUUUCCUCCUGGAACGGAAACCUUGCACAAUCUGUGCCUUGGUCUUCCUGGCAGCUCUAUUCCUCAUCUGCUACAGCUGCUGGGGGAACUGCUUCUUGUAUCACUGCACAGGAUCCCAGUUACCAGAAUCAGCUCACAAUCCCAGCAUAGUGGGCACCUAGAAAACAAUAAUCUUCCAGUCUGCUGAGGGCUCUUGUUUUGCUUUUAAAAAGGGGGUGGGCUAGGGAGGAGGGAGGGUGUGUUAGGCAUGUGACUGGAGUAAAAACAGCCUGUUUCCUGUAACUGUGUGUGGACUAGAGUGGUAAAUUUCUCCCACUCUGCCUGUGAAAUUUGACUUGUUUACUGUGUGAACUCCGGCAGCACCACCUGCUUUUUUAGAAGCAGAAAUCUCUUUUCCUUCCCGUAUCACUGGGAAUGGACACCAGCCCUCCUAACUGAGAACUGGUGGAGGACUGAGCUGCUGGCCUCUGCCCAGCUGUUGCACAGUGGUGGAGUUGUAUGUCACUCACUUGUCUGCAUUAGGCCACGGUGGUCUAACUCAGGGCUCUUGGCCCACUGAUUCUGCUCAAGUAGCUACAAGAUUCUCUCCGUCUUUCUCUUUGUGGGGAGCCAGCCUUCCCACCUUGCUGAUCAGGGGCAAGCUCAACAGCUCACAGAUGCACUUGGCCAAAAGCUGCUGGAGCCAGAGGCAGUUGAGUCACCUCCACCUGCUCAGCCUGCCAAAGAGAUGCGUGCACUGCCGAAGUGCUUUCUGAACUACUUGUGCUCCGAGAUCAUAGCCUGAAAGCCUCAGUUAUGCUGCUGCUUUUAUAAAGCCUCACAGGUAGUGGAGACUGUCUUUUCCCCUCCUCCUAGAUUUCCAGGGCUUAUGAAGGUAUUGACUGUUGGGAUAAAGAACCAGUAUGCUGCAAGAUGUGGGGUUUUGAAAGCCACUGUGAACCUCACCCUAUAAAACUCAUGCUAGCCCAAAAAGCCAGGUGUGGGCAGCGCAGGAGAGGAUCCUGAGGUAGAGGCAUGUCUUGAAGCAGUAAAUGCUUCAGCCAUUUUCAGUGAUAGUGUUUUUGGGCCAGGGGUGACAGAAGGUGCUGGUGCUACUGACUGGAGAAGGGAGGAGGCUAGAGGAGUGCCUGGUGUCUCCACCUCCCCUGGCAGAAGGAUGUCAAGAAGCCUAGGUGGUGGUGGGUCAGUCCUACAGCCACAGCUGUGCAGAGCUCCAUGCUGCAUACAUUACUCUGUGCAGCCAUGGCUCUUGAGGCCCCCAACCUGGGGCAGAGGUUGGUUUGUGAGAAGCCUUAGAGGUUAACGCAAAAUACUGUCUCUAAACUUUAAAGGUUUCCCUUCCCUUUGCCAUCAGAUUGUCUUUACUUCAGUCUCAUAGUGGAGAGCAGCAGAAGUGGCUGUUGCUGUCCCAAGGAAGUUCAAGCUAUGAGGUUGUGAAACUUCCAGAGUAUUGUUUGUUCAUUGCACAGCUGUUCAAAAUGUUUAAUAAAGCUUUAUAAACUUUG